AUGGACGCGGACUAUCAUCACGUGGUUGAUGAUUGCGAGGAAGCAUGGGUUGCGUGGGCACGUCUUAAGUCUCUGUACGGUGGAUCGCAGAAGGCCGAACGAAUUUAUCUCAAGCAUCAGCUGUUCAGGAUGAAGAUGGCUGAAGGCGGCAAUGUGAUGCAUCAUUGCAACGAGGUUCUCAACAUCAGCGCCAAGCUUACCAGCAUCGGCGCCAAGAUGGAGGACGAAGACGUGGCGAUCUGUUUGUUGCGCAGUCUCCCCAAGAGCUACGAGAAUGUCGUGCUGAAUUUGGAGAUGAACAGCGCUGAAUUACGAACACAAGACGUUGUGAGGGUGCUUACGAAUGAGCACAUCAAGAGGCAAGGCAAGAAGACGGCAUCGGUGAAAGUUGAAGAAGCGGCCAAGGCUUUCAGCACCGAGCGCGAGCCUCGCCAGUGUACGUACUGCGGAAAAUUGGGGCACACGGCAGAGCGGUGCUGGACCAAGCAGAAGGAUGAGAAUCAAGGUGCUCGACGCGGCGGCAAUGCACGUGGACGCGGAGCGAAUCAAGUUCAGUGGCAAGGCUACAACGGCAACAGCAACUAUGACUACGAUCGAGUAGCGUUUGCGGUUUCGCUGGAAGCAGGACUAUCGACGGGCAAGAGCAUGCCUGGAAUGUGGGCGAUUGACAGUGGAGCAACGCAUCACAUCUGCUAUGACAAGUCCAAGUUCGAAUUUCUGGACGAGCGCAAUGAAGGUGAAGUGUUGGUUGCAGAUGGGAACAAGGCUGCGAUCAACGGUGUCGGGACAAUCAUCGAAAAGGUGACCCUGUCCAACGGUGAAGAGCGCGAAGUCGAGAUCAAGAACGCGCUUUACGUCCCAAGCAUGAACAAGAACUUGCUGUCGAUACCACAAAUCAACAAGAGCGGCAAGUUUCAAGUGGUGUUUGAUGGUGACGAGAUGAAGAUUUCGCACAAAGGCUCCAAGCAAGUAAUGGCGAUGGCCGAUCUUGUCGAUGGACUCUACUGGCUUCGUACAUCCCAACGAUCCGUGAAUGCGGCUUCAGGACCAAGAGUCGAAAACCUUCAUGCGCGUAUGGGCCACGCACCGGUUGAUGUCUUGUGCAGAAUGGUCUCCAAGGGCAUGAUCAAGGAUGCCAAGAAGCCAACAAAAUUGAGCGGAUCAAGCGUGUGUCAAGGUUGUCUAGAAGGAAAAAUGGUUCAAAAACCGUUCCCGAGCAACCGUGACAAGCGCCGCUAUGACACGUUUGAGCUUCUACACUUCGACAUUUGUGGUCCUAUGGAAGUCGACUCGCUAGGUGGAAGCAAGUACUUGCUACUGAUCGUCGAUGAAGGCAGCGGAUGUAUGAAGGGUUUCAGUCUGCGCGCCAAGUCCGACAGCGAAGAGUGCAUCAAGAAGUACAUCAUGGCAGUACAGACGCAGUUUGACUACAAGGUCAAGUUUGUUCGUCAUGAUGGAGCUCGAGAAUUUGCGACCAGCUCGCUCAAGAUGUUUUACGAAGACCAAGGUAUCGAGCAGCAGACAACAGUUCCGUAUGCGCAUUAG